AUGGUGCUAGAUGUGCUGAACGGAUACCCCUUUGUCAAUUGGCAGGCCACCAACAUGAGACAAAGCAUUGUGUCUCUGUUUCAUUGGUUCGAUUCUUCGGAACAGAUGACUUGUUAUUUCAACCACGACACUCUCUCGGAUCUUUCUGUCACCUGCGAUGGGCAGACUUUCAAGGUCCAUCGACUGAUUCUGUGCGCCCACUCUAAGUAUUUCUCUAAGCAACUAAACGGCCCAUGGAAGGAAAGCUCCGAACAGGUAAUCAACAUCCAGGACUUCGAUGUUGCCAUGUUGCACUUCAUGUACAACUUUGACUACACCAAUGUCAACGGUACUUCGUCCAUGGUCUUUGAGGCCCAGAUCUAUCAGAUCGCGGACAAAUACGAUAUAGAUUCCCUUAAAGAACAUGCCGCAAAGAAAUUUGGCGCAGCCCUUGAUGUUGGUUGGCCGAUGGAUGACUUCCCACUUGCCAUCACUGUGGCCUACACCACCUCACCGUUGGAAGACCGGGGGCUCCGAGACCUCAAUGGAAACCUCCAGUCAUCAUAUUGAUGCGCUUUUGGGCAACGGUUACUUCUACGAAGUACUGCGGACCACAAACGAUUUCGCGGCUGACUUGGUGCCAUUCUUGCGAGCCAGAGAAGACCACGAGGUUAAGACAUAUAGGUGUCCUUCAUGCAGGAAGACUUUUUCCUGCAGCCUGUCUUCCGGAGAGUGGCACUGCCCGGUCUGUCAACACGGGUACGACAAUUGGAAAAGGUUCCAACUGUAGGGAAUAUAUUAGUGAUAAAAUCGUAGUCUUCAGGGAGGCAGCUAAUAAGACUUACUAGUGAAUUACUGAUUUGU